CUACACAGAGAGACGUGUGACGUUUUCUGAUUAAGCUAAGGCAAAAGGCAUAGGGUUUGGCCUGUUCGCUGAACGCUAGUGUGAUAAAGGAGAGUUUGGUACUAGAGCGACAGGGCUCUUCAAUGAGCGUCGCCAGUUUCAACGGAUAUUACGGUUUUAGAAGGAGACAGAGAUGGCGCCGUUGAAAACCAGCGUUCCUGAUACCAUGGAUAAAAUAGACAUGUCACUUGAUGAUAUUAUCAAAUUAAACAAACAAGAACAAAACAGAAAUCAACUUAAAGGGAGAUAUAAUGGCUCUUUCCGGCAGUUCAGGAACAGUUGGGGCAGGUGGGGAGCUCAGCGAACCUCAGGUGCUGGAAACACUUUAAGGUCACAGGGGUUAAAGAAACGUACAUAUGGUGUAAAAACAGGCCUGGCUAUGCGCAAGAUGGCAUCAUGGAAGGGCACCAGCCCUCUGAACCGUCCACCUCUUAGUGUGCGGAAUUCCCCAGGCCAGCUUGUAUCAUUUAGGAAGAGAAUGAACCUUCAAAGGUCUCCAGACUUUGGGGUUAAAACCUCAUCUUCACUGCAAAGAUAUUACUUGCGAAGUAGCUAUGCACAAACAAAUACAUUUAGAAGUGGAUUCAGAAUGGACCAACAGAGAGAAACCAGGCAAGCAACAUUCCUAUCCAGACGAGGCUUAAAGGUGCAGACACUGAUGGAUAUGGAUCAGCAUUUAGAUUUGCCAGAGCUUAGUAGGACACCUCCAUGGAGAACAUCUGUAAGCAGUGGAGGGACACUGACUGUUUCUAUAGAUAACCCAUCUGCUGUAACAUCAUCCAGCUCUUUGGGAUCUAGGUUGCCUCGACCACCAUUUCCAUUCCUAACAAAGAAGGAAGGUUCAGAAACAAAGGUUCCAAAAGGAGUCCCUCUAGAAUUUGAUAUAAACAGUGUGGCAAAACAGACUGGAAUCACACUAAAUGAACGCUUCAAGAUUCUGAAGGAGCAAAGGCUGGCUCAGGCUUUCACUAAAGGAAGUAGAUUUGUGACAGUUGGAUGAAUUACAUUCUGCCAAAAGGCUUGUUUGUGUUAUUGUUCCUAUUUUGUUUUUCACUUGCUGAAAGGUUGAGCACCAAGGCUGCAGCUUUUCAAACCCCCUUUUUUUCCUUUUGGAGAAAAGUGAAGAACUUUUUGUAUUGUUUUUACUGUGAAAUACACACUAAGGGACAUUUUAUCCAGAAGAACUGGGAUGUGAGUUCAUACUUUUUUUUUCAGGCACAAUUCUAUAAAAGCAUUCUCCUAAGUCAAGAAACCUUUAUGAGUACAAAGUACAUUGAUACUAGAUUUUUAUUUUGGUGGACAUGACAGUAUUCGUAUUGAAAUAGAAACAAGAAUGAUAAAUCUGUCCUUCUUGUACAGUUUUAUUGUACAAUUUUAUUUAUUCUUUAUGAUCCCCCAAAGAGCACUUGGAGUCUUCUGGGACUAAGAUUUAUACAGUGCUGAACACGGGUGUAUACUGUAGUUUUACAAAUGAUUUAAUUUGUUUCAGAUCUUGCAAAUCAUUUGCAUUCAUUGCAACCCCUGCAGUAACUACUCAGCCCCCACCCCCUAUGAUAAAGAGUUUAGUAGGUCACACAUUUUUUCAUUGCUCUGAUUAGACGUAAUGAUAGCAAAAGAUCUACCUGAUACAUGAGAAGUCCUGGUGUUUUUUCAGCAUCUCUACCACAAGACUGCAAUACUGCACAGUGCUGCAUUUUUUUAUUGAAAGACUGGUAAUCGCUUCUAAGAAACAGGGCCUAAUUGCUGUGCUGAGAGUUGCCAGUUGGGAAAUUAAGGGUGUUUGGGGCCAUUACAAAUUUAGGUAGCUAACUUUUCGGGCAAACACCCAAGGGUUAUUUUCAAGUGUGCAAAUUGAGGCAUUCUUUUGAUACUCCACUUGACAUAGAUGGUAUGCAGCUAAAUUUUGUUUGGUGGUAUUGAAAAUAAUGUCACUUUUUUCAUAAUAAAUUGUUCUGCACUCUU